CAGAGAAAAUCAGUGUCAUCCAGUCUUUAGGAUAACGACUCACUGAUUGGAGAAGACGUUGCUAGGUUGCCAAGUCCCGCCUACCGCGGCUGGCUGGGUGGGUAAAUCGCUGUGGCCGCUGCUUGUGCGGGGCCUGCUCGCCAGGGGGCGGAGACCGGGGGCUGCCCGGCCGGGCCCCGUCUGCCCUGCGGGGAAGCUUAGUGAAAACAAUAAUGGAGCGAUUUGGAGCGAAAGCUACUCCUUCCCAUAACCGUUCUAAGACAGCUUUGUAUGUGACCCCCCAGGAUCGUGUAACUGAGUUUGGGAGUGAACUGCAUGAAGAAGGAGGGAAAUUGUUCUGUACUUCCUGCAAUAUGGUCCUGAAUCACGUUCGCAAAUCUGCAAUCAAUGACCAUCUCAAGUCUAAAACUCAUACAAAGCGGAAGGCAGAGUUUGAAGAGCAGAGUGUCAGAAAGAAGCCGAGGACCCUGACAGCUUCUCUCCAAUGCAACAGUGCUGCUCAGACAGAGAAAAUCAGUGUCAUCCAGGACUUUGUGAAGAUGUGCUUGGAAGCUAACAUCCCACUUGAGAAAGCUGACCAUCCAUCGGUGCGAGCUUUCCUGUCUCGCCACGUAAAGAAUGGUAGUUCCAUUCCGCAGUCAGAUCAGCUUAGGAAAACGUACCUGCCUGAUGGAUAUGAGAAUGAGAACCAGGUCCUCAGUACGGAAGACUGUUGAGAAGAUGACUAUUUUUGGGAUGGAGUAUUAAAGUUACAUAUUGAUGGCGUGGUUUAUUUUUAUAUUCAUGCGUACACAGUGUUAUAUUGGUUUUACAGUUUGUUUUGUAUUACUGUAGAAAUGACAAUCUAUCACCAAAAUUAAUGAUGAGCCACAGACUCUUGAUAACUCUACUGUAGAGUUUAUAUCCACUGUGAUUCAGAACUCAUUUUCAAGAUUGGGAACAUCUAUGUAAAGGCCACCCCUAACUGUGACAUUAACAAACACUCACCUGUCCAUGGAGGACUUUCCAUGCCAACUCAAUCACCAACAUGACAUCUUCAUUACCACAAGAAAGGACCGAACAGUAGGAAUUACUUUACUACAUCAGACCUAUUGACCAUCUUUGUUCAGUAUUCUGUCUCUGUCAAUGACCAGGAAUAAGUCUUGUACUGUUAGCAUGCAAAAAGUCGUAUAAUGGCCAAUUACACAGUAACCUGCCCACAGAAGCAAAUUCUAACUGCUGGUAGAAGUUGACUUAUACCUUGCAUCAGGGGGACUUAAAUCCUUUUUAAAAUCUCUUUUAUCCUAUCUAAUGUAACUCUGGAUGUUCUCCUCUACCUAAUUAUGGCUUCACUUUUCUCUUAAAGCAAGGAGUUCAAUAGGUUUUUUACGCAUUGCAUAAAAGAAAAAACAGUUUCUGAUGUCAGUUUUAAAUUUACUGUCUUGCAGUUUCAGCGCGUCUCCUUAUAAUAAGCUGACAGACUAGUAUCUUUGUGCAAGGUGCCUUGUGCAGCUCCUGGGCCUAUGAAACACAUGCCUGGUCACAGUCCCUAAUAAUAUAGUUUGCUGUGUGUUUUCCUAGCAUGACAGCAGAAGCAGAACAUCAUCUUUUCAAUCUGUUAGCUAUAAACAAGAACUCAGUUGGAACUGAUUAGGACACGGGAGUAGCAGUUCAGGAGUCCUACUUGAGUAUGGGGUCACUUAAGCUCUUGCACUCAUAUCCUUUUCCUGAGUCUUGUGCUUGUCACAGACUAAGUAACCUAACUGUGUUUUUAAAACAGUUCAUGUUGAUCCCAAAUAGCUCAUGUAGCUAUGAGGUACCAAAAAGGAUGCAACAGUAGAAUAAGCAUUAUCUGGGUUACAGUUCCUUUUCCAAGCCAGUGCCAUAUUCACUGGAUCAUUAAAAAAGUGACUUACUGUAUUUCAGUAAUGUGUGUCUCUUUCUCUAAAUUGUGUAAUUCUCAACCCUUUUCACAUCUUUUUUGGAGUGUUGAGUGUUAUGCCUACAUUAAGUAUGGUGGUAGCCCACUAAAUUUUAGAGUCCAAGAAAACUCUUGGAUGAGGAGAGAGGAUACUGUGCAGAGGCAAGUAACACAACUGCCUUUUCUGCCUGCCUCCUCUGGGCUGUGAUUCUGUGAGGUGCUGAGCAUCUCCUAGGCAGUGCAGCAUGCUCUCCACUCACCAUAAGUGUGCUGUCUCUCGGGUUUUGCUCCUCCUGUUUUGCUGCUUUUUCCCUAUCUUGGUUUUCUCUAACUAUAUUUCUCAUUUUUCUUUAUUUUGCCCUUUUCAUUUUAGGGUGCUGACAGUAGCAUUAACUAAUAGUGCUUACAGGUGGGAUGGUAGAGGGACAAAGACUAGCCUAUUAAUUUGGUUGGUUUCUGCAGAUCUCGGUAGUGUAAAAUACACAUAGCUUGAAGAGAGGAAACAGUUUAAUGCUGACUACUUUUAUGCAAUCUUCAAGAACUUGUCAGAACAAUGGCUCAAAGUGUAUUCACACAAUUUAAUCAUUUUUUUCUUGCAACUGGUUGCCUGCGGUGCAAGGUGUAUUUAUAUGGGCACAGCAAACUAAAUGAAUAGCGUGCAGGCAAAUCGUUGCACCGGUGCUAAGCCCCACUGAAGCCAGUGAGGCUCAACACAGAGCAGUCUGCCCGUUCAAUAUCAAUUGCUGGCUUAGGACUGCAGAAAGAAAUAGUAGUGGAAAUCUUUCUCCUGAUCUUGGAUGUCUCAGUUUGCCUUCACAAGUGUGACUAGUUAUGGGAUGUGCUUGUUCCGCCUUAGGAUCAUGCAUUGCCUAGGGCUGGUAAUGUUGCAUAUAAAUCCUCUUAAGACACAUGAGUAUGAGUUACCACUGCCAAUAGCCUUUUCUGUCUUAAAAAAUUGUGUUCUUCCAUGACAGCUCCUCUUCUUGUUUCAGUGGAGUCAUGCUAUCUGCACUUCAUUAAUCAAAGUUAGAUAUCUUUGAAUUAGUUUUCGGCUCCAUCCAUAGAGUUGUAUUAGGGUUGAAUCACAAAGGGAAAACGGUUGUGCAUAUUGAGAAAACAGCUUGAG